AUGUUGACUUUGUUUAACGUCUUUCCACAGAUGACAUCAGUCUUUCCGUUUGCUUUGUUGCUCUGUUUGUCCAGCGGACUGUUGACUACAUAUGGUGAACCUUGCUGCCCUCCUGGUUGGACUCAGUUCGGCACUCGCUGUUUCGCUUUCUACAUGCAGGCAAAGACCUGGGUCGAUGCAGAGACCUUCUGCCAGACCGCUGGUGGGACUCUGGCUUCCAUCCACUCAGCUGAGGAAAAUACAUUCCUUCGAGACUACAUUAACCAAGUGACCGGUAUAGACAAAAAUGCCUGGAUCGGAGGCACUGACGCAGUGAAGGAGGGCACGUGGCUGUGGGCCGAUGGAUCCAUAUUCAACUACAAAAACUUUGCUGCGGGGCAACCUGACAAUGCCGGUGGAGGGGAGAACUGUCUUGAAAUGAACUGGGGAGGAAAUGGCUGGAACAACGGGGGUUGUACUUUCCCACUUUCUUUCGUGUGCUCCAAGAACAGCGGAUAACUCUAACCCACCAUCAUGAUGCCUCUACAGCUCAUCUAUAAUCUCUAUCAUUGAUUCUCUUUCAGUUUGUUCAGCAGACAGAAACAGCUCUCUGCUGACAGAUGACUCACUUUCACUUGUUUAUUAUCUGAAGAGUUAGGGAACAGUUCACAUUUGGGUUUAAAAUUAGACAGAAACUGGCUCACUGAGCUGGACAAAUACAAAUCAGUAAUUGGACUUUUAAUGUAUAGUAAAUAACACAAAA